AUGUCGCCAGAUGAUUCCUCUGAUUGCUCCGGCUUUUCAAAACAAUCUUCUGAUUCGGAUCGAGGCAAUAGUAGAUCUAAGAAACGUGGUGUAGCUUCUGCUCUAAUACGAGGCCCAGGCCUCAGGGACCGCUUCGAGGCCAGCAAAGCUACCCAUUUGGGCGUUAUAAAGCCCCCGGCUGCCAGGACAAUGAGGUCGAAUAAGCUAGAAGUAGACAUUGACUUAACUCGUAAUUCCUCGAAUACCAGGGCUUCCCAAUCCUCUCUUGUUGCUUCGAGCCGUAGCCGCCGUGGUCGCAGAUCUUCGCUAGGCAUUGACGCCAACUUGCCUACAGCCAAGUCACCAAAUGGCCAUCAUUACACGCGACUACGCAAGUGA